AUGCCUACUGGUGGCUUACUGGUGACUAACCAUCACUUACUUGCAUACUGCCAUCUACUUCCUACUAGUGGUCAACCACUGCCUACUGAUGGCCAACCACUGCCUACUUAUGACCAACCACUGCCUACUGGUGGCCAAUCACUGCCUACUGAUGGCCAACCACUGCCUACUGAUGGCCAACCAUUGCCUACUUAUGACCAACCACUGUCUACUGAUGGCCAACCACUGCCUACUUAUGACCAACCGCUGCCUACUGGUGGCCAAUCACUGCCUACUGAUGGCCAACCACUGCCUACUGAUGGCCAACCAUUGCCUACUUAUGACCAACCACUGCCUACUAGUGGUCAACCACUGCCUACUGAUGGCCAACCACUGUCUACUGAUGGCCAACCACUGUCUACUGAUGGCCAACCACUGCCUACUGAUGGCCAACCAGUCUACUGA